GUUCACCAAAUAUAACUUUCUGAACAAUAUGUUAUAGUACAGUUUCGUUCUCGGGUGGUACGCGAUGUCAGAACCCCAGACGAAGGUUCCCAAGUUCACAUCUUUUCGACCUAGGCCUCUCCAACCACAAGAAGCGAAUCCUAGGAGCCGUGAAGAGAUUAGGCACUCCUCGAGAAGCGAGCAAGAGAAGGACCGCAAGUCAGCACAUCACAAACGGCACCGAUCGAGAGAUAGAGACAGGAUUCAUGCAUCAAGAACGAACCUGGAAGUGUCACGCGUCGUCCCAGAUGAGACGAGUUCGGCUGUCUUCAAUAUCGAUAGAAAGGGCGAUGUGAAGAACCUUGAAUAUGGAAGCAUUCAUCGAUAUAGUGUUCCUGCAUACCAUCGGUUUGGAGGUGGUUUCGUAUUAGGGGCUUCGUUAGAUCUCAAGAUUGACCGAGACCUCGACGAUGGAAAAGCGAUAACCCUUAAGAAUUGGAAAUCUCCCAAGUUUCGUGGACGAGAAAAAUAUGUGUUUUCUAGGGUCGAGAAAGAUAAGCCACGUCUCCUCAGACUCCGACCAGAGGUUGUGGCCGAGGUGGAUAAUGCCAAGGACACGAACGCAAAUUUCAUCUCUUUGCAGGCGAGAGGCAAGAAACGCAUGAGAGGAGAAAAUGGCGAGAACGCAAGUUCCGAUUCAGAGCAAGACAGCAGAGACUACAGGUCAAUAUAUGGCAAAGUCAAAGCUCAAGAUCAACCGCAAGACCAUGACAUGCAAUAUGCUACAGAAAGUGACGACUCCGGGUCUGAUGCGGGACGAGCUAUAAGAUUAGAUAUGGCUGUCCGCGACAAGAAUGUACGACUGCGUAGGAAAGUUGAUGAGUGUCCACAUGACAUCGAUGCAUGGCUUGAAUUGAUCGGUCAUCAAGAUGCCCUGAUUAGCACUGGAGACAAUCAUCGCCGAAUCACCAAUGCCGAGAUCAGGAGUACAGCGGACAUCAAAAUUCACAUGUACGAGAAAGCCUUGGAGAAAACACGAUCUCUCGCCGAUCGAGAGAAGUUGCUGCAAGAGCUGAUGGCAGAGGGCGCCAAGAUUUGGGAAUUGCAGGUGCAAGCAGAUCGAUGGGAGCAAAUCGCCAGGGAGAAUAUCGAUAGUUUGGUCCUAUGGACAAAGUAUUUGGACUUCAAACAAUCAACUUUCUCAGCUUUUCGUUACGAAGAGAUUAAGGAAGUUUAUCUAAGCAGAAUCAAACUACUUCUUACUGCUGUCGAGAAGUCGAACAACGAAUCUGCAGAUUCCUUCUAUCAACAAGUCCUUUACGUCCUUCUCAGACUCACGCUGUUCAUUCGUGAGUCUGGCUACUCAGAACUCUCUGUAGCAAUCUGGCAAGGGUUGCUAGAACUGAACCUUUGCGGCCCAACUUCAUUGCUCUCCAAGGAAGAAUAUAUCAACCUAUUCCGGCAGUUUUGGGAGAGUGAGGUACCACGUCUUGGUGAAGACGGUGCUUUGGGUUGGCGCCGAUAUGUAGACGACGAAACUUCAUCUGAUGUGCCAGAACCUAUUACAGACGAGGCGCAAGAUCCCAUUCGACCAUCGACAAUCUUCAAGUCAUGGGCUGCUGCGGAACGACAGCGUUCGAAGUGCUCACGGACCCCUGCGAGAACCAUGGAUGAAGUAGCCGAGGAUGACCCUUUCAGAGUGAUCUUAUUCUCUGAUAUUGAAGAACUUUCAAUACUCUUUCCAGUCAAUCUACGCUCCUUGUGCGUCGAUGCGUUUCUGGCGUUCUGUCGGCUGCCACCUACAGCAAGUGAUCACGAAUUACCAGGAAGCUGGUUCAUGGAGCAGUUCAUCAGGAACGAUUCUCUUGGUUGGGAUCUUGCGAAGUUUCAGCAGCAACUUUCUGUAAAGGCAAAGGAUGAUACUGAGGUUAUUACCCUCACCUCAUGUUUUCACGUCAUGUACCAGAGUAUUCGUCCGUUGUCACUCACAGACAAUACGUCUUACCAAAUAACAAAGUGGGACGACUUAUAUGGUGGAGAUACUGGCCCUGUGCCUUACCAGUAUAUUCGGAAUGCUCUGAAACAACUCACGCAAGACUCCUUUACGGAAGGUCUUGCACAGUACCACAUGGCUUUCGAAUACCUCAACGAACCAGAGACGAUUAAGAAGGUAGCGAAAAGCCUCUUGAAGCGACAUCCCUCGAGUCUCACACUUUACAAUGCGUAUGCCUUGAUUGAAUGGUCUCGAGGCAAUAAGGAUGUAGCGAAUGGAGUUUUCACUGCCGCUCUCAACAUGAAUGGAUCAAGCUCAGAGACAGAAUCGAAACCUGACUCGAUUUUAACGUGGAAAUCUUUGGCAUGGUGCUGUCUUGAGGAUGGAGACAAAAUCUCUACACUCAGGCACCUCCUUAGCAUCCCAGACGGAGUGCCAAAUUCUGGCGUUACUCCAACUCCUGCUACUCUUCUCAGAGCCAAACACCAUAUCCGCUCUACUAGAGACUUUCUUCUCUCUACAGGAGACCCAAAACAUGCAGUAAUGUAUGCAGAAUGCCUAACACUUCUCGCCUAUCUUAGCGAGACAUCAGGCACAGAACCAACAUCCGCAACUCAAGGCGAUGUUACCACGGCCCUUAAAACCCUCAUGUCUUUUUCUAAAGCACUUGCUACUCGGAACCAUACGCAUCACCAAGAGAUUCUCCUUCAGUCGGCGGCUCGACUCUUGCAAUUUCACUGUAGAAAUGGUCCUUACCGUCCCUCUCUAAUUCGUGUCUACUUAUCCAAUUUCCUGGCCCUUUUCCCACAAAAUACUCUAUUCCUCGCCCUUUAUACAGCAAAUGAAGCUCGUCUAAGAGUUGAGAAUCGAGUCCGUUCCCUCUUCCUAUCCACAAUUCUAAUACCAGAAAACGACUGUCUCACCUCCCGGUUCUUCGCUAUCCAAUAUGAGAUGACCUACGGGAAUAUCCAUUCCGUGAAAUCAGCCUUCGAGAAGGCCGUCUCAGCCCCAAUGUCUCGAUCUUCUCCUGGGUUGUGGAGAUUUUACCUGGUCUGGGUUGUCCAAAACGAGAAGCAAUUGUCAAAGACUGGCAAGGAUAAAAGUCUUGCGAAGGACAUAUGGUACAGAGCAUUAAGAGCAUGUCCCUGGGCUAAGGAACUUUAUAUCCUAGGGUUUGAGAUGCUGGGAGAGAGUGGGUUGGAAUUUGAGGAGUUGAGAGGCACGUGGAAGGUUAUGGGGGAGAAGGACUUGAGGGUUCAUGUUGAUCUUGACGAUGAGUUAGAGAAAAUUGAGGAGAGUCGGGGACAGAAAAGCAUCAGAGAUUGAUUGGAGGGAUAAGAAAUUGAAAGGAUGAAUAUUUCCAAUUGACAUACGACUUCGCUACCAUGAACAGACUCUUUUCAAAUCUAGAGUACUCUACUGCAGCGCCCAACACCCCACUGAAUGCGCUGAAGGCACUGAGUGCGCUACAUGCGCUAUAAUCUGGCGCCCGAAAUAAUCAGCUUGGGGUGCCAGGAUAGUCUGUUUUGAAC